AUGCAAGAAGAAGCUAAAAUUGAUGUCACUGUUGAACCAAUAUUGUCUAGUUACUAUCAUGUUUCAAUCUUGUCACAAAAAUCACUGGAAACUGCUUUUGCCAAUCACCUUUCAGUCAAACUAAGCAGUGUAAGUCUUCCUAGUACAACACUUUCUGAUCUUUUUGUUGGUGUUUUUGAAUCUGAUAAAGAAAUUAUGGAUGCUAUGAAAAAUGAUUUGAUAGCAGUUAAAGAAAGAGAUCCUGCUUGUAUAAGUCAUGUGCAUUGUUUCUUGAUUGUAUCUUCAUUGCUUUGUGCUACUUCUUGUUGUAAAAGUUGUAGCAUUCUAGCUUCAAGUGAUUGCAAGAGGUGUUCAAGCUCCAUCACAAACUCUAUGGCACCGUCGGCUUGA